CCGCCCCCAACGUUAGGCCCCGCCCCUCGUUCCUCAGCGUCCCACUAAAGCGAUUUCAGCUCCUGAAGGGAUUCUUCCCCGCGUUCACGGAUGGCAACAUGGCGACAGAGUUCCAUAACCUGCAGGAGUUGAGGCACAGCGCGUCUCUUGCCAACAAGGUGUUCAUCCAGAGGGACUACAGCGAAGGGACCACAUGCAAGUUUCAGACCAAGUUCCCGUCUGAGCUAGAGAGCAGGAUUGAACUGACUCUGUUUGAGGAGACUGUGAAGACACUGAACAACUUCUACGCAGAGGCAGAAAAGAUUGGAGGCCAGUCUUACCUGGAGGGCUGUCUGGCGUGUGCCACGGCUUAUCUCAUCUUCCUCUGCAUGGAGACUCGCUAUGAGAAGGUGUUGAAGAAAAUAGCAAAGUACAUUCAAGAGCAGAACGAGAAGAUCUAUGCUCCCAGAGGUCUGCUUAUCACUGAUCCUAUCGAAAGGGGAAUGCGUGUUAUUGAGAUAUCCAUCUACGAAGACCGAGGUUCCAGUGGCUCCAGCUCCGGCAGCAGUUCGGUUUCUGGCAGCACCGCUCGAUGACUGGGCGCAGAGCUCUCCCUGCAGGAAAACUUAGGACAGUAACGGCGCUCACGUUCCAACGGCCUUCACAUCCCAUUUACAUUCAUAUCGAGCACUCACCAGCCUCCAUGACAAUGUUUGUCACCUUGACCUGCCAUCACACAGUUGUUCCACAGUAGUCAAAACACGCACGUUAGCCGUCUCAAAGAUGUAAACGCGUAACAAUGCACCUCAGACAGGACUCACCCACUCAUUGUAACAGUAAGAAAUCAAGAUAAAGAAAGUGUCCCAAUAAGGUACAUAUGCUUUUUCUUUGCACCACUUGACAUGACACCAAUGCAGUCUGCUGGCUAAAGAAAACCACAUUUAUUCUUAAUUGCUUUUAAUGAUCCAGUUAAGAACAAUUCCUUGUGCAAUUGUAGCAUUGGAACCAGCCUGGGGCAGUGAGGGCGGGGUCGGGGGGUGGGGGGGUGGGGGGGGGGGGGUGGGGGGGGAUCCCUGUUGGUUUUCAGAGAUGAUACUGUACCUUUAACAUUAGACAAAAUGCGACCACAUUUGCUCAGUGGGACUGUUCGUUUACCUUCCCGUUCCUUUAAGAACUAUCCUUUACGAUCUAUGAAUGGGAUCUGCUGUCUACAGUUUCUCCAUCUUUUCUUUCUGCCCUCAAAACAGAACAAACAGAAAGAAGGAGGUGCCAAGCCAAGUAGAACCAUAAGCUUCACUGAACCUUUAUACCUCAACUAACAUCCAGUAGGUGCACAACAAACCCCAGACCCCUCACCAAUUAGAAGGCUUUUCUGAACUCGUUCAAAUCAACUCUUCACAUUAGGAAGGGUUUUAUUUUAACGUCAGGUUUUCCGUUAUUCAACCUGACUCCAGAGGUAGCUGUAUUCAGUGUGACGCCACGCUAAAGUUCACUUGCCAAAAGCUCAGUUUACCAGGGUCGAGCAUUUCUUCCCGUUUUACCUCCGAUGUUUUCCACACUGCCUGAAAGCAGAUGAAUGUCAACCCACUCUAGUAUGCAAUGUAGCAUAUCUUCUGUACUUUUCACUCUUUACGCCUGCAUUUCCUUUGCUGGACAUGGAGACGCCUGCAAAAAUGUGAGAACUACCCUGUUCAGUUUCAGCGAGAGAGGCGGACUCUUCCUAAGUGUAGAUCAUGCAAGGGCUCACUGUGAGUUACGUCUGGACGUAAGGAGAGAAAGAACAGGUCAAAACGUCUUCCUGAAUAUUACUUUCUCAUUUCAAAAAUACACCUGCCAUUUCUUGAUUCAAACUUCCAAAGAACCGUAACUGCCAAAAAGAAAAAAGAAAAAAGAAAAAUAAAAGCUCAUAAAUUUGAAUGUCACUUUUAUUUUCAUGAUGUUUUCAGAAAGUACAAGUUUUCAUACUGCUUGUUUACUACAUGUGGCAUAAAGGUCAAACCAAAAGGUGUCAAAUAAACUGUUUCAUCACAA